AUGUCUUUGUCUCCAUCUCAAGCAUGUCUUCCUGAGGAGCUCAAUAACAGCCCUUUUCGUACAAAGGAAUCCGCUCUAGAACUAUUUACCCAGGAAGAUUUUCUAACAGAAAACCUUGCUGUCAUCAUGUCCCAAAUCGGACGAUCUGGACACUCACAAGGUGGUGAAGGCAGUGGAGCAGCCGCUUCACCCCAGCCUGCGGACUCUCCUUCUCCUAAUCCACGCAUUCAGUCCAAAUACCAGAAGCGUAACUGGUUUAAGCGUCGUAAUGGCCAAGGAAAACAAGCUCAGGACGAUCAACAGGUUGCAGAUGGCGGCUACUUGCGUCAAGGUCAGGAGCGGGAUCAGCACCUGUAUCAGUAUCAGCAGCAGUAUCCGCGUCAGACUCACCCAGCUAUGAACCCUCUUGACUCCUCAGACCCGUUCGUUGUUCACCCUUCAGCUGGAUAUCCUGCACCUACAGGACAGUUUUCUGUUGUCCGUGCCAUGGAGGCGUACCGUACUCGCCGUGGCCGUAAUGACUAUCCAAUUCUGCCUGCAACCCCAAUAUUGCCGACCUUGACUCCUCCCGACCUUCUCGUGAGCACUCCUGAAGGAUCCACUGCCCCCCCAGGUCCUUUGGACGACGAUCCGCAGAAUCGCUUCUGGCAUGACAUGGAGAUGGCGCUUCCCGCUUACGAGCCUCCCACCAUGUGGUAUCCAGACGAUAUGGACCCAUGUCAGUAUCUGCAGGUCCUUGACCCUCGCUAUGCUCAGGAGUCAACCCUCCGCCCCUGGGCUACUGAGUUCGUUCCUGGUCGCGCCUAUCACGAUUUCAUUUUGAAGUGA